ACAAAUGAUCGAUUUAUAAAAAAAAAAUCGCAAGACAUAAUCGCUGUGUUUAUUUAAUGUUUUAGGCGUCCGGUUGAAGCAGCGCAUUAAGAUGUCAGAAAAAGAAGAUAUGCAGGAUGCAUCGCAGCAGAAUGUCACUCCGGAAGAGACAACAGAAAAAAUUAAAGUCGAAAACGAAGUACAAGGUUCGGUUGAAGAAUCAGAUAGCUCAGAAAUAUCGGAAGAAUUAUCUGUUACGGAACUGGAAGAAAGACGAGAAGAAAUUGAGAAGAGAGAACAAAGAAAAUCGCAAAGUCACGAAGAGACACAAAAGAAAAAUAUGUCAGGUUCAGAACUGUCGACUGUGAUGAGAAGCGUGUCUUCGAUGACGUCAGACAAUGACAUAUCAGUGAUGUCGAUGUCAAGGAUUGUAGCGAAUGAAACGAAGAGGCAAACGGAAGCGGACGAGUUCAGAGCCGGGAUACUGACUACCGACAACCAAAAUGGACAUCGCGGCAGUGGUCAUAUCAGCGUAAGAGUUGGUGAGUGGAAUUCAUUGCCGAUACUGGUAGAACGUCUGCGCGAGGCACUCGAGCUGUCCCUCGCGACGGGUUGCCAUAGCGGUAAUGAGCCGAUGGCGACAUCGUCGUUAGUUGAGUCCAACGUCGACGCCGAAGUCAAAGGUCGACUCCACACGCAGCAUUCCAUGAAACAGGCGAUGUUUAGCGGCUACGAUCAUGACGAUCUCGGGUCGAAGAAAGACGAACUCAAGUUGCUGGAAGAUCUGUUACUAUUGGACAUCCAAACAGCGUUGUCACGUUUGCGCGAGACGCUGGAAUACACGGACGUGGCGACACUCGCUAAGCACGGAGGAGUGUCGGAUCCUACGAGCAAGCUACAACUUUUGCGACUGGUAUCUAGUUUACUGUCGCGACUGCAGGUGCCACAAAAGGAAACAACCACGACCGGGGAAAACAAACUAAUUGACAUUGCAACGGCACAAGGUUAUGCUACGCGGAAACGACGCUUUGUUAGACAUACUAUUGGCGUUUCCGCUGAAGAGAUUGCCUACGCGCGGAAACAACUGGAGGAGAGCAGUGCGGAUCUGGUGAAGUUAAACAAGGUGUCGGUUCGACAGCAACAAGAAUCGCUCCUAGUUUCUAUGCCGUGCAAUGUACCGAGUAGUGUGUCGAAUAACGCGUCAAGUGAUACGCCGAAUAGCGAGACGCACACGGAGGAAAUUUGUGACAAAUAUACGAAAAACGCGAUUAAUCAACGCCAAUCUUUGCGAGAUAAGAAUAAAGAUUGCCGCGGAGACAUCGGUUCGUAUCGGCCCGUCGGUAUUAGUGAAUCGAAUAUGUCCCAGGAUCGACGUUGGUGUGGCAAUAUGGACGACGAGGAACUCACGAUUGAAAGAACAAACGAAGAACAAAGCCGGGUGAUCAAACUCGCGGCGAUAUUGCGGCAACGUGCGGAACUGGUUAGUGCAAACAGAUGCAAUGUCAAUAACAAAUUCAUUAUGAAGAAAUCAAAAAUCAAACGCGCGAAUACUGUCGAUAUACCGAGUUACUUGAAGCUGCAAGCUGGCGGUUUUGAUUGUGACAACUCGGGUUGUGUACAGCUUCGACGUCCCAUUAAUGUAGGUGACAAAGUUGCGUCAAAUACGUCCAAAAACCUGGCCAUCCCGUCCUUCUAUCCGCGAACGGAGAAUGAUAAAAAAUUCCUGGCGCUGAUCAAUAAGAACAACGAAAUGCAAACGAAGUUCAACGCCGCAUCUGUUUUCAAAUCCUUCGGCUACACUAAAAUAACGGAUAUGUCAUCACUAACAAACGAAAAUUGGAACAAUCGGUUUUCGAAUAUCAAGACCGCUUUCGAUAAACCGUCGUCUGUCAGCGACGAGAUCAAACUUUUUCCAAAAUCAUGCCCUGUUAAGCGUUUCUCGAGUGCACUCCAUACUUCGUCCCAACUAACAAACAAGAAGACACCAAUCGGUACUGACACCUCAAGUAAGGAUUUGCUGUUUGUCAACAUGAACAUUUCGAAACCGGAUAUAGGUUUCAGGCAUGCAUCCUCGUCGCUGUUUCAAAAAAUUGAGAAAUCGCAAAACCUGAUAUCACCGCCGAGUUCUCACCGUUCAAGGUUCAAGGACAAUGCGUCAUCGUCUGAAAAUGCUGUAGGCGAGAAAGCUAGAAUUAUAUUUGAUCGGAACAGUAAUGCUCAAUCUCAGUCUACGAUCAAGUUUAAGAUCGACGAUAACGAAAGCACACUGAAACAUUUCUUUCCUCGACCACCAUGGAUUGAACAUGACAGAAAUGGAAUGAAAUCGAGCCAAAUAAUCACCGAAAACGGGCGGUUUGAUUAUCGCAAUUUUUGCAAGCAAUUUGCGCCAUUUAUAGACAAAAACAAUGCCGUGGAGUUUACGAAAUCAUGGAAUAACGAAGAACAACGCAAGCGUAACAAACAAUCGAUACAGCGCGAGAUCUUCUUUCCGUCCAGCAAAAAACUAUCAAUGAUAGACGGAAAAAUCUCCGAGACGUUCUCAGAAAGGGAGUCGCGAGUCCAACAACACCACAAAGCAAAUGAAUCAUGUUAUAAGGUUGAGGAACCGAUUUGCGACAAGUUCUAUAUCCUUAGCGAGAAAAAUGUUUUCGAAUCGAUCCAUAAUCGUCAGUGCAACGAACAAGAAAUUUCGGAAAACAUAAUAGUGGACGCAACGCUCAGCAAUAGCUCGCCUAUUGCCAUUCAAACGGGUAAGAUCAAUGAUAAUCAACCAGAAGAAGUGCGUGUAUUUCGCAUGGUUCCUAAAGUUUCGAGAGAUUCGCCACCCGUUUGCAACGAUACGUCCGUCCAAAUCUGUAAUCAAUCAGAUCAACCGUUAACGGAUUAUAUAGAACAUAAGAAUGAUUGGACGACUCUUCGUUACGAAUGCAGUGACACUAACUCAAAGUCAAACUCGAGUUUUUAUCUCGCGGAAAAUCCGAAGAAUUUCAUCUUGGGUCAUAACUGGAAAAAUCAUACUGUGGCAGCCGACGUUCCAAAAGAAAAAGAAAUCUUGAUGGAGGAGAACACGCAUGAUCUUAACGAGGAGCAAUCCUCUGUUGGCAUACUAAGCCCAAUAGAAAAUAUACGUUCUCAGGACAUAUCCAAUUACCAUUCGCCAAAACAACACAAACAAAUCUACCAAACUGAUAAUUCUCAGUACGAGAAUUGCUUCUCGCCUAAACUAGCGACUGAAAAUCAAUCGCAAAUAUUUCAAAAUUAUCCUCUAGACAUGAAAUUCAACAGAGAUCCGUUGAAGAAUGAGAUAUUGAGUAUAUCGAAUGAAAUGAAUAAGAAAAAUCUUUCGUGUAUGAACAACGGCGAUCUACCGGAAGAACAAAAUAUACAGAAUCAAGACAUAAGCGCGGAUGCCGGAGUUGUAACUCGAUACGCUUGCGCCAUAGCAACUGUUGCGUCAACGGAAACUCCAGAGAUACGAUCGGAAGAAGUGGGAUCGGAAUUCAAAGAUUCAUCUUCUCCCUCUCCUUUGUUUUAUCGACCGUCCAUCAGAAAAACUAGUAACGAGACCGCCGCAACCAAAGAAGAAAUACGUCGACACAACAUAUUACAGCAGAGUUUAGUCCGUCGGCUACAAAACGAACACACGAUGCUGAACAAUCAGUACACGCCUGUCCCCAAACAUGUUAGCAAUUUUAACCAACAUUCGAAGUUUCAGUUGCCCGAUGCGUUGUUUGUCACCAGUUCCCCGUCAACACCAUCGAAUUCGAGAUUUGGCACGAUAAAUCGUGUCACUGCUCUUAGAGAACAAUACGAGCAAUCUGACAGUCAAUUAAGAUCCGUCCAAAAGGAGCGUUCGCUGGUUCCGAACGACGGCGUGACGGCAAAUGGCGUAAUAGAUUCUAGUGAUAAAUACCUAGUGUCUUGCUCCAACAAAUCAGUGAAAUCUACUGUUCUGUCUAAGUCUGAAUCGUGGCAUCAGCUAGUACUAUCUAACAGUCAUCAUCCGCAUCCGCACCCGUCACAUAGUGGAUUACCUCCAACGUCGUCUCAUCUACCAAAGCUGCCGAAAACGAAAUCACCGUCAUUCUUUCGAACGAAGAAACAAUACGAGGCAUCUUUGUCCUCGGACAAUAUGAGAAAAAUGGAAGAUAAAAUACGCAGAUACUUCGACAAUUCAAACGAUAGCACUGAUGCGAAGGAUUCCAAGGUCAAACGUUUUUCAUCGCACGACAUAGCAACGAAAGGUCUUGUUGGCCUUUCCAGAAGCCGCACCAUGCCAGGAAUAUGCGACAAAAAAUUGCACUUGCUGACUUCUACUGUGCCGCAAAUUUCCGCUACAAAUCCCAAUAGCACCGAUGUGGACAAAGUUUUUGACGAUAUUUUUGAAGAGGCUACCAGAACUGACGACGAUCAUCGCUUCUGAUUGGUCGGUUCUUCUAUUUCUUAGUGUUAAUUAUAAAACCGCGUCAUGAACUCGCGACACGUGCUAGACACUGCUUCCGACAAAAGUCGCAUCUAUCUUGGACGAUUAAUAUUACUUUUUAAAGCCAUGCAAUCAUGUCGUAUCCGAUGAUAAAUAUUUUGAUGUUAAAUGUCACAAUACAAAAUCGCUUUCUUUGAUCGCAGUUAAUCUUGUUGCAGACACGCUUAUUGCAUAACGGCCAACUAUGUGAAUCGUUCAAUUUUUCGUAAUUUCAUACAUUGAUUCAUGAAGCCUACCAUUGGUAGGUACAAUUGAUAAUUCAUUUUAAUCAAAUUGUUCUUUAGAAGUUUUCAGACGAUCAUUUCCAUGUGUUUGUUUUCAGACCGUUCGCGAAAACACCAUUGUUAUCAAAAAUUAAGGUUAAUGAAAUAGUAUUUUUUUUAGUCAACUUUGACUGAUCGAUUUGCUGAAAUUGCUUGCGUGCGGUAAUUAUUUCGUCAAAGUAAAUACAGUAUUAGCAAAUUACAUUUUGUUGAAUAUGAAAAAACAUAUGCUAACUUUUCUUUUUUAAAUCUUUUAUUUAGUCGCUUUUUCGUAUGUAAUUGAAAACAAAUGUUUAUUAAAGUUAAUUUUACCACGCGGUUACAAUUUGCUCUCAAUAAAAUUAAAUAAUCUGCUCAAUGAUCUACACAUGUAAUUGGACUGCAUAAUCCUUUUUUUCCGCCAUCGCAAAGAUUUCAGAACAGAAAUGUUUCAUGUUUCUAUGUAAAAAGCUGAUACAGUCCUUUACAGCAAAAUCAUAUUUCUUGGAUCCACAAUGGGAUUUUAGGCUCUCAUAGUCUUCAUCCAUUACGAGAGACGAUUGUGUAAAUUGAUGCAACGACCGUCGACACCUCCAAUGCUCAUCGCCUUUUAUUCAUUUUGAUAAGAAUUGUCUUGUUCUUUUCAUGACUGCUCACAUGAGCAGGAAAAAUGAACGCGCAUAGAGAAAGAAUUAUUUACGAAUAAUCUGCUCGGACUGACGAGAGAUAGAGGACGUUGCAACGCACUGACUACUCCAUUAUCGUUUGCACAUUUUUUAGCUAUGAGUCGUAUAAAAGCUACAAAUAAAAACUACACGUAUUAAUCACA